AUGAUUGACGACAAUGUGGGGUUCUGGAACUGGCAAAAGUAUGUUUCUUUUGGUAAAACAUUGCUUCGCAGUCUCGUCGCUGCUGUUAAGGAGCAGAACAAGCAAAAGGAGGCCCAUCGAGGCUUUAGUGACUCCUUACCAAAGGAGCUGGUAGAAGGAUGGGAGGUCAUUUGCGAUGAAUGGGAUGCAGAUGGAUUUCCAAAGACAAAGCCCAACCCCUAUAGGGCUAAGGAGUUGGCGAUUUCAGAAAACCAGGUUUGCGAGGAGUUGGCAAAGGAGGAAAAGGCCUCGGCACAAGCUAGGAUCGCUCCUGCGCAUGACGCCACACCAUCUGAGUUCCUCAUUGCUGGAUUGGAUCUGGAGAAUGAACAACAACGCCUGCAUACGAUGGCAAAGGAGCAGGGCUCAACCCCCACAGAGCUCCAGAGAGUAUCCUUGAUUGGGAAGCUGUCGCCGCUCAACACGACACUGCUUUCCUUUGUGGAUGAUGGGACCAUUCUGGCCCAAUCCAAACAACUCGAUGAUAAUAAUGUGGGCCUGCGUAAGGCCUACAAGAUUAUCUACCUUCUCUUUGUUGCCUUCGCACUCGUUCUUGAACACGACAAGACCGAGCUGUUCCACUUUUCACGUCGACGAGACGCCUACAAUCCCUCGCUGGAUUUGGGGUACGCCCCACAUACCGGUGCUACACCUUUGAAGCCCAAGACCUAUUGGAGGUACUUGGGCUUCUACUUUGACCGUGGGCUCACGUUUCAUGAGCACGUCCGCUACUAUGCCACUAAGGCGUUCACCACUGUGCAGGCCAUGUGCAUGCUUGGUAACUCCACUAGAGGUCUCUCGCCUAAACACUAUCGUCUCUGGUAUUUCGAUGGUGCCCGCAAUAAGGGCGCGAUGAACCAGCUGAAAUGGAUGCAGCGAAAAGCUGCUCUAUGGAUUACUGGUGCUUUCCGCACCUCACCCACAGGCGGUCUUGAGGCCCUUGCUGGCCUCAUCCCUGUCCAUCUCAUGCUGAAGAAGUUGGCAGCACGUGCAGUGUACCACGUCGCCACCCUCUCGGAUACUCACCCCCUCCGCUCCAUGAUGGGCGAGAGACUCCUCAAGCGGGCUGCACCACACGCCCGCUCAGCCGCCUUGAUGACCCCAGCUAUGCAGGGGAAGGUCAAGAGCACUGUUAUGGAGGUGGAUGAGCGCAUCCACACCUUGACUGAGAGCUUCGAGCCCUUUGCGCCUGAAGCUCGCCCAGGCGAUCGGUUAUUGGACUGCUAUGCAGACUGUCUCCACUUUGACAAGUGUGAUCCUGCCCAGGAUAGGCGACCAUAUCUAGACGAGCUCAUCGCGAAAGCGAGGGCCAACCCGUUAACAGUACUGGCUGCAACUGAUGGCUCUGUCCCUCAGUCCAACCAGUAUCAGGCAGCUUCAGCUGCUAUAAUCUACAAGGGACAUUGCAAGCUCGAAAGGACUCGGUAUGUCUCUGGCAGAGUCACUGCCCCUGACGUGGAGCUCAAUACCAUCUUGUGUGCAGUGCGCCUUGCUAUCAAGCAGGCAAACUGCCAACAUAUCAUGGUCUUUACUGACUCUAUGGGCUGA